UAUAACUAAAUAAAAUGUUGUGUAUGUCACCUUUGAUUAAUCUAAUAUAAAGUGGUUCCCCGAAAAUUUUAAAACUCAUCAGUACUAUGCAUUUUUAAUAAUAUCCUAUUAUUAUGAUGAAAUUUAUUAAAAUAUAACAGAUGAAUAAUAAUUGAUGCGGUGUAUUUAAUUAUUUAAUGCACAACCUAAUUGCGAACUAUGUUAAUUGAAUUUGUAUUCGGAGCAUUUAUAUCCCAGCUGUAAUAUUAUCUAGCAUAUACCGUUAUCAGACCAUCCAUCUAUUUUUUACAAGAACAUCAAGUUUACGUCUCGUUUCUUCCCUCUUAGUUGCUUAAUAAACAGAGAAGAAUUAAGCCAUAAGAAUGGCACUAUCUAAACCAACGAAUUUCAUACUUCAUCUUACUAGUGCUUAUUUCGAGCGUCUUUAUAAUAGCCCAUUAAAAACUAAAGCAAUCACCAGUUGCAUAAUCGCCACUCUCGGAAAUUUUAUAUCGCAAAAGAUUUCUGGAGUAAAACGUCUUAAUCAAGAUAGCUUACUUGCCUUUGCUCUCUUUGGAUUACUUUUUGGAGGACCUGCCCCACAUUACUUUUAUACUUUUAUGCAACCAUUACUAAAGAAUCCUCUUAUACUUUUAUUGGUAGAGAGAUUGUUAUAUACACCAUGUUAUCAAGCAUUAGCAUUAUAUAUGAUAGCUUUGUUUGAGGGUAACACAUAUGAGGAUUCUUACAAACAACUGAAAAAGUUGUACUUGCCUGUACUUACUGCCAACUUGAAAUACAUAACAUUGUUACAGUAUCUGAAUUUGAAGUAUGUUCCACCAUUGUUACGUGUUCUGGUGGUAAAUUUAAUUGGUUUCUUCUGGGCCAUAUACCUUGCACAACAGAGAUCCAAGCAAUCAACAGGAAAAUAACAUAUUAAUACUUAAUAAAUUUGACUUACGGUGUUGUUAGGUAUAAAAUUAAGAACAUAAAAAGGGGACCAUACUUGUUAGGGUUGAUACAUAUUUUGCGUGUACAUUAUGUAAAUACUCAUUCCAAUGUUGAGCUUUAUUUUCUAUGUAUGUAUUGCAGUAUCAUAUUGCAAAUACCUGAAUUAAUAUGCAAACUAUAAAGUAAGAAUAUUUAUGAAUAAACUAUGUAAGAGCUUUGAAGGAAGGGAA